CACGUCUGCUGAUUGGACAAUCAGCUCCAUAGAACAGAUAUUCACGCAGAAGGGACAGUAAUCAAAUCUACGCAAAAGAGAAGCAAGAAAGAUGUCGUGCUUGGCAUCAUGCUGUGCAUCUCUGACAUGUGGGCUCUGCUCUUCAGUGGCCUCAGGGAUCAGCAAGAAGUCAGCUAGACUUGCUUACUGUGGCCUCUUUGGCCUUUCCUUGAUCAUUUCUUGGAUUCUCCGUGAAGUUGGUGCUCCACUCUUGGAGAAAUUUCCUUGGAUCAAUACUUCGGAUGAUCAGUCAAAAGAAUGGUUUCAAAUACAAGCAGUUCUUCGUGUCAGCUUGGGGAAUUUCUUAUUUUUUGGAGUUCUUGCUCUUCUAAUGAUUGGUGUCAAGGAUCAAAAUGACAGGCGUGACUCCUGGCAUCACGGUGGAUGGACUGUCAAGAUGGUCAUUUGGGCUUUACUAGUCAUCCUAAUGUUUUUCAUCCCAAAUGUUGUUAUUACAAUCUAUGGAUUUAUUUCAAAAUUUGGGGCAGGAUUAUUCUUAUUGGUUCAAGUAAUAAUACUAUUAGAUGCUACACAUACAUGGAAUGAUGCAUGGGUUGCAAAAGAUGAGCAGAAGUGGUACAUUGCUCUGCUUGUCAUAUCAGUAGUAUGCUAUCUUGGAGCUUAUGCAUUAUCGGGGGUUCUCUUUAUUUGGUUCAAUCCUUCUGGUCAUGAUUGUGGUCUCAACAUCUUCUUCAUUGUCAUGACUAUGAUUCUUGCUUUAGCAUUUGCUGUUAUCGCACUACACCCAGCGGUAAAUGGGAGCCUGUUGCCAGCUUCUGUGAUUUCCAUUUAUUGUGCUUAUGUGUGUUAUACUGGUCUGUCUAGCGAACCUCGAAAUUAUGUUUGCAAUGGUCUCCACAAAGCAUCAAGAGCAGUAUCAACAAGUACUCUUAUUCUUGGGUUGCUUACGACCAUUAUUUCAGUUCUAUAUUCUGCACUCCGUGCUGGAUCAUCUACUACAUUUUUGUCCCCUCCAUCUUCACCCAGAUCAGGCGGACAGAAACCUCUUCUUGAAUCUGAUGAGUUGGAAGCUGGAAAAGAUAAGAAAGAUGCUGAGCCACGGCCAGUUAGUUACUCGUAUUCAUUUUUCCUCCUGAUAUUUGCUCUUGCUAGCAUGUAUUCAGCUAUGCUUCUUUCGGGCUGGACUAGCACUUCUGAUACCUCAGAUCUAAUAGAUGUUGGCUGGACAUCAGUUUGGGUUCGUAUCUGCACUGAAUGGGUCACUGCUGGCCUGUAUGUGUGGUCCCUCGUGGCCCCUUUGAUCUUCCCUGAUCGUGAAUUCUAAUGAGUUAUUCAUGCUGGAUACCAGGAACUUUUCUGCUGCUGUUAAUAUUUGUAUGUUAUGGUAAUGUUGUUAAAUCUCUGUAAAUGAUAAUGUGUAACUACUGUCGACGCAUCCUAUGUGUGCAAUCAGGUUCACUGCAAUAUUUAAUAAGUAGUGCUUUUCUUAAACUUGGUGCUUCUCUCUUACAAUAAGAACGGGAAGUCUGGGUGCUGUAUAA